CAAGGUGGUGGCCACCAUCUGAUGUGGCCACUUUGCGCCUGCCCCUCUCUGCAGGCCCCUGACUGCUGACUGCAUCCGCCUGCUGCCACCUGGGUUUGUCUGGAGCUGCUGGGACUGUCCUGGGAUCCAGCCUGCUUGCCCCCUGAGGCCGGAGAGAUGCUCCCAUUGGCCAAAGCCCUCGCCUCCCCCAGGAAUCCCCAGACCCCCGCCCUGGGGGAGCAGGACGGGGCUCCUCAGCCGGCCAGCCCUGGGGAUACUGAGGCCUGGCGCCUGCGUUUCCGACAGUUCCAGUACCGCGUGGCAGGCGGGCCACACCGUGCACUGGGUCAGCUCUGGAUGCUGUGCCGCCAGUGGCUGCGGCCCGAGGCGCACUCCAAGGAGCAGAUGCUGGAGCUGCUGGUGCUGGAGCAGUUCCUGGGUGCGCUGCCCAGCAAGAUGAGGACCUGGGUGCAGUCGCAGGGCCCCCGAACCUGCAGGGAGGCCGCUACCCUGGUGGAGGACCUCACACAGAUGUCGCAGCAGGAAGUUCUGGUAUCUCUCACCGACCACCAGGACAAGAGCAUCAGCGAGGAGGAAGACGGGAAGAGCCCGAGGUCCCAGAAAGACCCAUCCCAGGCAUCGGAGCUGGGGCUCCCCCAGGAGGGCGAGUGGCUGCAGCCUGCCCAGCCCCAGCGGAGUCCCCACACCAGGGCGGGGGCCGAGGCAUCCUGCACCCUGGGCUCACUCGGGCUUCAGCCUCCUAGCAUGAAGGCAGACAGACUGAAGAUGCUGCAGCCUGGGGUCCCCUCAGCAGCCUGCCCAGACCCCACCCUCCCAAGUGCUCAGAGCAGCAGUCCCCAAAAGAGACUUGGGGACAGCGAUGCCCACCCGCCCUUACUCAAAGACACCAAAGCCUCCCCUGAAGAGGCGGGGCAACCGGCUGCUGCCUACUCCUCGGGGCGCUCAGCGGCGACCCAAGUCCCCCCAGGGGCGCGGCCCUUCGCGUGUGCCGAGUGCGGGGAGGUCUUCACCUGGGUCACCCACUUCAUCGAGCACCAGAAGCGCCACCUGGAAGAGGGACCCUUCUCGUGCCCCGAGUGCGGCAAGGCCUUUCUGCACGCCUCCGUCCUGGAGGAGCAUCGGAAGAUCCACCUGCUGCAGCCGCUGCGCAAGAGGCUCCGGCGGGGCGGGGGCGAGGGGCCAGGGGAGGCCGGCCCGUUGCAGGCGGCGGAUGGAGGCCCCCGCGCCCAGGACGCGGAUGGAGACCGACGCGGGGAGCCCUGCGGCCGCGAGCGGCCCUUCGAGUGCGGCGUCUGCGGGAAGGCCUUCCCCUGGAUGGUCCACCUCCUCGACCACCAGAAACUGCACGCCACGCAGCGACCCGGGCCCCGCCGCGUCUCCCGGGUGUCGCUGCGCCUGGCGCUUUCCCCGGGUGAUAGCGAACCCCGAAGGACUCGUCCUGCGGAGCGACCCGGGCCCCGACGCGUCCCCCGGGUGUCGCCGCGCCUGGCGCUUACCCCGGGUGACAGUGACCCCCCGAAGGUCUCGUCCUGCGGAGCGACCCGGGACCCACCGCCCCGCCGCCGCGUUCCCCGGGUGACAGCGACCCCUGGCGGACUCGUCCUGCAGGCGACCCGGACCCGCCACGUCUCCGAGUGUGGCCGCGCCGGCCGCGUUCCUUGGGUGACAGCGCCCCCCAGCGCCGCGCUCAGCUCGGCGGUCGGCCGAUUGUACGAGAGCGUGGAGGCUGCUGCCUACAAGACGUCAGUCAGGCCCCUCACUGCCACGGGCCCAACCAUCCUCACGCUAACAGCUCCGAAGAUGGGGUUCUCGGAAGAUGUCUGCCCGGGCAUCCCACAGACCAACUGCCCUCCAGAGACAUCUGCCUGA